CAGUGAAGAGGCUCCGUGGAGUUUGAGUCGGGAAGAGGAUGGCUGAUAUGGUGACUACAGGGUCCAGGGACAGUGGCUUCUUAGAUUUAAACUAUGCAAGGUCCUUCUCUGGCCUCCUGAAGAUUCUGCAAGCGAUUGUGGUGUUCAUAGCAUUCCUAAGCAUAAAGUGUUCAGAGUGGACUCAUCAUUCAACAUACCGCCAUUUUGAAGUUGUCACUAUCUGGUUUUUUAUUGUGGUUUUGAUAUUUUACAUCAUUUACCUAACAAGACUUCACCUGAAGAUAACUUGCAUACACUGGUCACUGACAGAAUUCUUGCACUACGUUAUUGCAACCAUCCUGCUAUUAAUUGCAUCAAUUGUUGGAGCAACUAAGGCUGAUGGCUAUCCUGGAUUGGCUGCUGGAGUGUUCUUCGGCUUUGCAUCGACAAUUCUGUACGGUAUUGGUGCCUGGCAGGCCUACAAGAUGUGGCGUGUCCCUCAACCAGCAACUGUUACUGUAUAACUGAUCAAUGUCAGAAAUUGGCAGCAAGCAGUUUCAUUGGAUUUGCACAGUCUCCAAUAGUCCAGAGACUCAGCUGUGCCUGACUUUAGGAUCUGAAGAUUCAAUUUGUAAUAACUAUGCAAGAACAUGCUUGAUACUUAAUAUGUCAUUUGUCUAAGAAGUUAAAUAUUUUUAUAUUUUAUAACUGAGCUUAUAAAAUUGUACCAAAGACAAGAUGAAUGAAAUAUUUUAUAUAAUAGCUUAAAAAAUACAUGUCUUCGUUUUGGUUUACCACAGCAUAGUAUUUGUGUUGCAAGUGCAAUUUGUUCAUAAAAUAUGUAUAAUUCAACCAGUCCUUUUAACUAUUUAGCAUUCACACUUUGAGAAGUGCCUGUAAAAUCCUCUUUAGAACCAUUUUAUUUUAUUUUUACCAUGCUGACAGAAAUUUUUGGUAUUUUGUGUUGGGCAGGAAACAUGCCUGAAUGACUUUAGUUUCUGUAUUUUUUUUGUGAAUGCUGACGUAUUAUGUGGAAAGAUCAGUACUGAAUUGCCUUGUAAAUAAAAUAAACUGUGUAUGUUGUUGUUUCCAAGCUA